GAGACGAGAGGAGAGGAGGAGGAGGAGCAGGAGCAGGAGCAGCCACAGCGGCAUCCCCGCCGCCAGCAGGGGCCGGAAUCGUUUCCUGGGGAAAGCGCAGCAGGCUGGGAAAGCGUUUCCGGAGGCUGAGGAAGAGGAGAAGGAGAAGAGGGGAGCCCGGCUCGGCGGAUGAGUGCUUCCAGAUUAAUUACGACAGGAUAUCAUCUUGAUCCAUUUGUGUUAUUGUUGCUUCUAUCAACGGCUUUAAAACGGGGCCUUCAACCAAAGCCUUCACCAAAGACUGGGAUAUUAAAACAAUUCUGCCGAGUCCUUUUGAAAACAGCUGACGACAGGGGAUAAUGUGCUGACUGGCGCUAUGGGCAGGCGAUACCCAGGGGCUCACUAUCGUCAAAGCAAUUCAUUUGACUCUGGUGUGGAAACCUUGGCAGGGUUUAUGGCAAGCAACAGCACAACUGACAUUGUGAAUCGGAACGGUCCUGCCACGCCACCCAACACCCUUCACUUACGCUCCUCCCACAACGAACUCUUGAAUGCUGAAAUUAAGCACACGGAAGUCAAGAGCAGCACCCCUCCAAAGUGCCGGAAAAAAUAUGCACUGACUAACAUCCAGGCGGCAAUGGGUCUUUCUGAUCCUGCUGCGCAGCCCCUCCUGGGCAACAACUCCUCCAACAUCAAGCUAGUAAAGAAUGGAGAGAACCAGCUGAGGAAGGCAGCGGAGCAGGAUCCCAAUAAAAACCCCACUGCUCCAACAACUGCUGCAGGUAUAAACAUAACCUCUGAGAAGUUGGAAGGGAAAGAACCAAACCAACAGGAUUCCUCUGGUAGUGAAAUCUUGCCCUCACAACGCCGGAGGACCAAGAGCUUCCUAAAUUACUAUGCAGACCUCGAAACAUCCACGAGAGACGUUGAUCAGAGUUAUGGAAACAGCCAGGUGGUAGAGGAGGAGAAACUGUCUUCACAGGGCAACAGUCAGGCAUCCAUUGUGAUUGCUAAUGGGGAUGCCCUGACACGGAAAGCCAACAAGCCAACGAGUCCUGAAGACGGACAGGUAGCAACCAUAUCGUCAAGUCCAGAGACAAAAAAGGAUCACCCUAAAACUGGCGCAAAGACUGAUUGUGCAUUGCACCGGAUUCAGAACCUAGCUCCAAGCGAUGAAGACUCCAGUUGGACAACAUUGUCACAGGAUAGUGCUUCCCCGAGUUCACCAGAUGAAACAGAUAUAUGGAGUGAUCAUUCAUUUCAGACAGACCCCGACCUACCUCCAGGCUGGAAAAAGAUCAGCGAUGUUGCUGGGAUCUAUUACUGGCACAUACCAACAGGGACAACACAGUGGGAGCGUCCAGUAUCCAUACCAACAGAUCUUCAGGGAUCACGCAAAGGAUCACUCAGUUCUAUUACAUCAUCUCCCACUCCUGAAACUGAGAAACAGCCUUGGAGUGAUUUUGCUGUGCUGAAUGGGGGAAAGAUUAAUAGUGACAUUUGGAAGGAUCUUCAUGCAGCGACUGUAAAUCCAGACCCCAGUUUAAAAGAAUUUGAAGGAGCAACAUUGCGCUAUGCCUCUUUAAAGCUAAGAAAUGCCCCGCAGUGUGAUGAAGAUGAUUCCUGCAGCAUCAACAGUGAUCCAGAAGCCAAGUGCUUUGCUGUCCGUUCUUUAGGAUGGGUAGAAAUGGCAGAGGAAGAUUUGGCUCCUGGAAAAAGCAGUGUUGCUGUAAACAAUUGCAUCCGACAGCUCUCUUAUUGUAAAAACGAUAUACGAGACACUGUUGGCAUUUGGGGAGAGGGAAAAGACAUGUAUCUUAUCUUGGAGAACGACAUGCUAAAUUUGGUUGACCCCAUGGAUCGCAGUAUUCUGCAUUCUCAGCCCAUUGUGAGCAUCCGGGUCUGGGGAGUAGGCCGUGACAAUGGCCGGGACUUUGCCUACGUAGCAAGAGAUAGAGAGACAAGGAUUUUGAAAUGUCACGUGUUUCGAUGUGACACACCAGCAAAAGCCAUUGCCACAAGCCUGCACGAAAUCUGUUCUAAGAUUAUGGCAGAACGGAAGAAUGCCAAAGCUGUGGCUUGCAGCUCCUUACAAGACCGGACAAAUGUUACCCUUGAAGUUCCUUUGCAAGUAGAUUUCCCAACGCCAAAGACUGAACUGGUGCAGAAGUUUCAUGUACAGUAUUUGGGCAUGUUACCUGUAGCUAGGCCAGUGGGGAUGGACACGCUAAACAGUGCUGUCGAGAGUCUGAUGGCUUCCUCCGGCAGAGAAGACUGGAUGCCUGUCACCAUGAAUGUUGCCGAUGCUACAGUGACAGUCAUCAGCGAAGGAAAUGAAGAGGAGAUCGUAGUGGAAUGUCGUGUCCGGUUCUUGUCUUUUAUGGGCGUGGGGAAAGAUGCCCAUACAUUUGCCUUCAUUAUGGAUGCAGGAAACCAGCAUUUUGAGUGCCAUGUUUUCUGGUGUGAGCCCAAUGCAGGCAAUGUGUCAGAAGCUGUUCAGGCUGCUUGUAUGCUGCGGUAUCAGAAGUGCUUGGUCGCCCGACCUCCUUCACAAAAAGUCCGGCCACCACCACCUCCUCCAGCAGACUCAAUGACUAGAAGAGUCACAACUAAUGUAAAACGAGGGGUCUUGUCCCUCAUUGACACUUUGAAACAGAAACGCCCCGUAUCCGACACGCCAUAGAAGCCCCGAGGAAGAAUAUGAUCUGGCAGAAGAUACAGCAACCACAUUAAAAGAGAUGAACUGAGUUUUGGCCUUCCAGUUGAAAAUGGUAAUGCUUUGUCUUUGGAGAAUUUACCCUUAUCGAAAUAAUAGUAGACAAGCAUGUUCUCUCGUCCUUACCACCAUCACGUGAUAUGAAAAGAAGCAUGAGUAAUUUUUUUUUUUUGCUGUGAGAAAUGGAAGGUCUGUUUUCCGAUUGUAAAUAUGAUGAACAUUACCUACAUUCACACAUAAUACACCAGAAAGGAAUACAGCACGCCACUCCUAAUCUCUGGAGAGAACCAGGCCCA